UGACAGCGUCCGUGCACGUGUUGUUUUGUGGUGGUGCGUUUUGCGAGAAUGCAGUGGUUUGUUUCACGUUGUUGUUAAAAAGUGUAUCGAGAUGAGUGAAUAUUUCGUCAAAAGUAAAGAAACCAAUACUUUUCGGUUCAAGAGCUUCUCGGACCGAAUCAAUGAAAUCGACAUACGUCAGUCCACCCUUUAUAGAAUUGGCCACGAAAAUGAGGAGCUAGAAGAAGCUGAAGAUGAGACGCUUUUUGCACAAACACUACGCAAGUGGUCUGUGCUGAAUUUGUCCACCGAAUACAGCGGAUUUCUCUCAAAAUGUCGUGGGAUUGUCACGCUCCCGCAGCUGUUAUACAAAAAGGACGAAGUAGCAGAGCUCCUGGCGAAUACUUUAGAUUCAUGCUCGGUACUGUCCUUGGAGCCUGUUCUAGAUGCACUUGUUGCCUUCGCCAGAGACAUCCGGGAGGAGUUUCAUCCGUAUUUCGAGAAAUUCUUCGAGAAACUCAUCCAUCUUCUGAAUACGCAGGAGGCGGACCAACUAGAGUGGUCCUUCCGGUGUUUGGCACAUUUAUUUAAAUGCCUGCGGCCGUUUCUAAAGCGAAAUAUUGGGGUGAUUCUGAACAAAGUCAUCCCAUUGCUGGACGUCCACAACAACCCAGAGCACAUAGUGGCUUUCGCGUCGGAAUGUUUUUCCUUUGUCGCUCGCGACAUUCGAGAUUACGAUAAGUUCCUAAGUAUGACGAUUAGAUAUGUGAAGAAGCAGGCAGGCGGUUACUCUGGCUGUGGUAAAUUAUUCUUCGAAUUGAUCCGUGGUGUGGCCGGAAAUUUUCAUUCGGUAGCGAAAGACUUUCUGAACUCGCUGCUUGGGGGCUUAGGAAAUCGCAAAUAUGACCAAGAGAUCCUGUUGGAAAUAACAGUGCGAACAGUGAGUGAAGUAUUGGAACACAUCGCUGUGCACAACAUCUCGCUUCUAUGGGAAGUGAUAAAGGAAACUGCGAUGAAAUUGCUAGAAAAGUCCGAUUUGCCAACGGAGGGCCUCUUCUCGCUGAUGAAACUAGUGAGGCAAGCGGUUGAAUGGAAAGGUGGCAGAGCGGUGGUCGAUGCAAGCGAGUUGGUAGGACUGCUCGUGAAGGUCGUCGAGAAUGUGGAAAACGAGGCGGUACUCAUGGAACUUAUUGAAAUUUCGUCUACAAUUCUCCAGUCAGCAUGUGUGAAGCUACAACAAAUGGACGCCAGCCGUCUUAUUUGCCGAGUUCUGUCCGUCCGGUCGCCUUCCGUAUAUGAGAAGUUCGUAUGGAACGUAUGCACUCAUCCACAGUUUGAAAUUCUGGUGCUUCCGAAUUUGCUGAAUUAUUUCGAGAAGGACUGCGAUGCGAAGAAGCUCGACAUUGUGGUACAAAUAAUUGAAAAAAGAGUGGACAGGCCCGUCGGAGGCGUUUGGAAAAAGCACCCGGUAAAAUUAAAACGGGCGGAGACCUUCAACUGGCUUGAACGAAAUAUUGAAGUUUUUGACCCUAAAACUUCCAAUGAGACGGAUCUAGAGUUAUAUCUUCUCAGCGUUCGACUUUAUCCGCAUUUGAUUGGAGGGAAGGGAAAGCUGGUGGCCGAAUCGCUCAGGAAGAAAGUUCCGAAUUUGCGUUUCACACUAGAAGACGACAUUGUAGCAAGUGCUACUGCAUUUGUUUCUAUAGAAGCUGUGCUUCAUCUGAGCGACAGCCUAGAGAAGCGGUUUCUCGAGGAUAUUGUUUAUGCUGUGAUCGACAGCCCAUGCAAAAGUGUUCCGGUGCUGCUGGUGCUUUUGUCGAUAUUUGACUAUAGCAAGGCUAAUAAGCAGGACAUAUUCACGAAGGAACUGUACUUGCGUCUGCAGCAGAAUACUUGCGAAAACCUUUCCUCAACUGACAGCACCGUGCGGUCAUUAACUGCUAAAUUACUUAGUUAUUUUUCAGAUCUGAAGGAGCUACAAUCAGUUUACAAAAUAUUCUAUGAAGCGGCGGGCAUCGAAUUGACGGUUCACACGUUUCGGGAGCAGCUCUUGCUUAUCGAAAAGCUUUCGCCAAAUGGACAAGUCUACAAAGACAUCAAAAUAGAGGCCGCGAAACUGGACUGUUUGAGGUUCCUUCUUGGCCUUUUAUAUCAAAAUUUUAAGCUGAUGUGGGCACCGGUGUCGAAGUCAAUUGAGGAGCUUGCGGAUAAACUUCCUGUGGACGAUUUUUGGUCGAUUUACCGGUCGAAGUUGGAAGAAACUAAUGCGUCUAUAAGAACCGUAAACAGUGUUCAAAAUGUGCGCACUGCGGGUUUCAAGAGCAAGUCGCUAUGUAACCUGGUGGAUCAAUUAUUCCCUAUGCCGGAGAAAGUGGACUUUGGCCAUUAUCGAACUCUCCUCUGGAAGAAUAUUUCCAACUUUGGUCUUAUGAGUGAAAUAAAGAACAAGGAUGUCGUGACAUUGUUCCUGAGUUUCGUCGAAGACGAAUACAAAAAAGAAGAUAAGGGGAACCUGUUAACCUGGGACGUCACACAUGAAUCUGGCGGUAUCUGCGAAUACGAGGACGAUUCGAGUAAAAAGUUUCAAGGAAGGAACAAAAAGCAGCAGUCGACGGGCGCUACUCUGACAGCCAUGCUUGAAGUAUUUUCUAAAAUGGCAAAUCCUAAACAAUUAUAUCGAGAAGGCGAAAUAAGAGAAUUUUAUUUUGUGCUUUUGGCGGGAACUAACGAACAGCUACAAAAGUUGGCUCUGGAUUGUUUGAUGCGUUACAAAAUGAAAGGGUGGUUGCCUUAUAAAGAUCAUCUCUAUGCGCUAAUAGACGACAAGAAGUUCAAAGACGAACUGGUCAACUUCAAAUUAGAUGUGGAAACUAAAAUGAUUGAGCCUGAUCACCGCGGAGAACUGAUGCCAAUACUACUGAGGAUUCUAUACGGAAAGAUGCGCAGCAAAACCAGCAACAAGUAUGUAGGUAGUCAGAUGCGUCGAAGUAUAGUCUUGCGGUUUUUGGCUGGAUGUAAGACAGACGAAAUAUUCUGGUUCCUUCAAAUGGCCUUCGAAAGCUACAAGUCAAUCUUGCAGGAAUCUUUGGAAUCGAUUCCGAAUCUAAUUAAGAGUGGCUUCAAAUUGCAAGAAGUCUAUUCUCCAAAGAAACUACGCAGUGCCUUGAAUUUACUUGAAUUAAUCCGCAAGCAUUUCGGUGGUCUGAUGGGAUCUGACUUCCUGAUCUACAUGUUAAAGGUGAUUUUCUUAGCAGCUUCGGUUUGUCGAGGUGUUUUUGAGAACAAAGAAAAAAUGAACGAGAAAUAUUUAGCUGUCUUCCGAAAUUUGCGAGCACAAAGUCUUUCGUCGCUAGUGAACUUUUUCGAUCAUUUCCAAGAAUUCCCUUGGCAGGAAGAGCACCUUAGCGCUUGUUUGGAUGUGUUUGUUUGGCCAACGCUACAUAAAUUACCAGAAGAUUGUUUGCAUUCACCUACGCCUCUUUUGAAGCUGUUCAUCGCGUGGAGUAAUAAUUUGCGCUUGUUUCGAUUGUUAGCUAAAGAAAAUGAGGAUGGAGUCACACCUAUCGGGACAAUGCUAUUGCUGCUGGCAAGCGACAAACCGACUGCAAUGGUACGUAGGGCAGUUCUAGAAAUUGUCGAGCGGAUUUUGAUGAUGGAAGAAUCCGAGGAAGCCGACAAUAAAAAAGGCGCCAAAAGCAUUAUUGCGCAGCACAUACCGCUGAUUUUAGAACGAUUGACGAAGACUUUGAACAUGAAGGGACGAAAAAAUGUUUUCGGAAAAGCUGAGUUAUUCAUAUUGUCAAAAAUAACAGAUAUGGAACUUGCACCUGAUACAUGCGACAAACUUUUAAAGUUAAUUUUGCCAAUUGCUACAGGAAAGACUCGUUUGCCGGUAUCUGAGGAAAGCAGCACACAACUUGUUAUGACGCUGAAGAAUUUAUUCUCUAAAGUGCCUACUCCGGAGAAGCACAUUCGAAGCAUUAUGCCUCUUUUCGAGAAGGUGACCGACGUAGGAACUCGCAAGCAGCUUUGCAGAUUGCUAGGCGAGUUAAGUAUCAAAGCUAAGAGCGAAAGUGGGAGUUUGCUGGAAUUGGGCGAAAUAGCAGAGAAACUGAACGCGUGGAGUCGAAAAUGGGUGGAGCAGCCAGACUACGACAAACGACUUUCCGCUUUGCGAACCAUUCGGGGAAAAAUAGAAAACGACGAGGUUAGCCUAGAGCUAGGUCUGCUUGUCAUUUACAAUUGCUUCUAUUUUUUGCACCACGACAAGGACCUAGGACUACGUGACAAUGCCUGUCUCUGUAUGCGCUCACUUGUUCCUAAAUUGAUCAAUCAAUGUGCAGAGAACGCGCGAGAUGUGAACUAUUUAGUAGAAGAUGUGUUGUUUAGUUUAUUGAGACGCACCCAACGAGACAAAAACGAUAUAAUACGCAACGAAGGAAUUCUUCUUUUGGGAGAAAUGGUUCGUAAUUGUGCACACGUUCACCCGGUUUUAGGUGAUUUGGAACCACUAUCGUGCCGAGAGGAUCCUGAAGUUGAUUUUUUCGAGAACGCGACACAUUUGCAGUUGCAUAGGCAUGGGAGAGCGCUGUUGAAGUUUUGCGCCCAUGCGAAAGAGUGCGAGAAGUCGAUUUCUCCACGAACACUAACCCAGUUUCUACUUCCAUUGGCCACGCGCUACUUGCUCUCGGAAAAAACUGCCGCGAAGCAUACACUUGUCGACGCUGCAAUUGAGACGGUGGGCAUGAUAUGCCGAUUUCUUCCCUGGCACCAGUAUCAUGCAAUCCUAAGAUACUACCUUCAGAAAAUGCGGCACUGCCACGAAUACCAAAAGCAAUGCAUAAGGAUUAUAAUUUCAAUACUUGAUGCUUUCCAUUUCGAUCUUUCAAAUGGAAGUUGUGGAAAGAAACAAGAAGUUGAGACCAACGAGCAAGCACAGGAGGAGAACGAAGACGAGCUCUCAGAUGAAGAUUUGGACUCUGAACUGGACGACCUUCACGAACACGAGGAUGGAAAUGAGGAUGGCGAGCAGAAUAUCGUACCAGCAAAGAAAUUGAAACUAGCCGCGUUUGUAGACCAUCUGACGAAACUCCCACCGUCAACGGCAAAGCACGUUAUUGAAACAAUUACUACUCGCUUGAUACCAUCUCUGAACAACUCAAUCACCAAAAUAUCAAGUUACGAAAGCAAACAUAAAGUGAAUCGCAGGCGAGUCAACUUCGAACGUGAGGAGGAGGAAAGUCUGCGAGUGCCAAUUGCGCUAGCAAUUGUAAAGUUACUGAAAAAGUUGCCACAAGAAAUGUUAGAUGCAAGCAUAAACGGCGUCUUCUUGAAAGUUUGUACAUUUCUUAAGUCGCCAGUUAAGUCGGUUCGCAUGCUGACUCGCGACAUAUUGAAAAAGAUCAUGGUAACGGUAGGAGCAGAAUAUUUGCCAGUUCUGUUAUCGCAACUAACGGUCCUUUUGACAAGAGGGUUUCAAGUCCACGUCCUUUCCGUCACAUUGUUCAGUGUUCUGGAUUGUUUGAAAAGUGAGCUGCAAGCACAUCAAGUGGAAAAAUCUUUGCAAUAUAUACUGAACGUGACCCUAAAUGACAUAUUUGGCGACGCAUCUGAGGAGAAGGAGGUGGAAAAAAUUGGCGCUUCUACACCUGAGGCCAAACCUAGUGCGAAAAGUUAUCUCUCACUUCAGAUUUCUGCUCAGAGUAUUCCACAAAACUGCCUGUUGGAUCUACUAGUACCAUUCAAACACUAUCUCUCAAAAACUCAGUCAAAGAAAGUUGUGAUAAAGGUGCAAGGAUGUUUUCAGAAGAUCACAUCAGGACUCGCAGAGAACACGAAUAUAACACCCGAAACCUUAGUGGAGUUCAUCUAUGGCACAGUGUCUGAAUCCAUACCAGAUUUACUGCUGACAGAAACUAAAUUGUCGCAGGCCGAAAAGGAGCUGGCAGCUCGUUCCCGAAAAGAUUGCUUCCUGAUCCCGCAAGAACCCAAAUCACGAUCCGGAGCUGUUCGAAAAGUGGUGAAAACAAACGCCAGUGCAAAUGCUUACAUUCUCAUAGAAUUUGGCCUUGAGCUCUUGCACAUCCUCCUACGCCGUAAGAAGUUUGAAUCAAGUGAAUAUUUGGAGCCGAUAAUUCCAAUUUUGAACAAAUCUCUGAAAAGCGCCCACGUUAGAAUCUGCACAUUUGCACUCAAGUGCUUAAUAUCGAUUUGGUUGUCUGAUUCAGACUUGGAUGCAAUGAAACAGAAUAUGGAUGAAAUAUUGCAACAAAUAUUCGCACUGUUACAUAAAUAUUAUAAUUUCGGUGUAACUCGAAAGGAUGACAACUUCCAAUUGGUUAAGAGCGCAAUGAAAGCUGUAGGAUGCGUGAUUAAGAAUUGUGAUUAUUAUAUUGUUAGUAAUGAGCAUGUAGUUGAGCUGCUUUUCUACAUUAGUCAGGAUGUUAGCGAAUCAGAUAAGCAGCCAGUGGCGUUUUCUCUGCUAAAGUCUCUAAUCGAGAAACGGAUGUACAGCCAUGAAAUGCACGAGAUCAUGCAAAAAUUAUGUCAAAUAGCCAUCGUAUCCGAAUCUGAUUACUCUAGGGACGAGGCACGAGCGGUACUGCUGAACUAUGUUGCGGAAUUCCACCGAGAAAAAAAGGUUGAAUCAAUUUUGAAAUUCUUUAUUGCUCAGUUGAAUUAUGAAGUACUAGCAGGGCGAUUGUCGGCUGUCCGAUUUAUCGAAUCAUCGAUAAAAAAGUACCCUAUGGAAGCACUGAACAGGAAAGCGGAAGUUUUAUUCCUCGCUUUGGGGACGCGAUUGGUUAAUGAAGACGUUCCGGAAUGUAGAGUGCUUAUCGCUAAUUGCCUGGAACAACUUAUUUCGCGUCUAGAUAAAGCUAACCGCCAAAAGCUGUUUGAAAUAGCGAUGGUAUUUUUCGAAGGUGGUAAACCAGCGGUCCAGGAAAUGGCAGCUUGCUUAUGUUCACGAUUCAUCGAAGUGGAAAAGGCAGAGCUAUUGCCGAAAGCCAUGAUUCUGCUGCCGGUUUUGGGAAAUCAUUUAGAACUUUCAAGUCCGAACACUGCAGGAAAAUUUGUUAAAACAUCGAUUGGAGCUGACACAGAUUUGGAUGAAAGCCAACAGAACGGCAAUGACCAGGCGACGCAAAGAGCUGUGGAUCAUGCCAUUAUACAAAUACAAAAUUGUAUGAUAAAAAUUUUUACAAAUUGUAUGGAAAUUUUAACAGAAAAUUCUAUGAUUAACACUCUGGACGACAUCGCGUAUGAAUGCCAAAGGCUCUUAGCUUACGAUCAUGAAUGGGUACGUCUGAAUUCGGUGAAAAUAUUGAACUAUAUUCUGCCCACAUGUUCAGUUUCGUUCCCCAAUUCAGAAAGUGAAACCCCUGAGGAUACUUCUAGGCAUUUUAUAUGUUCAGAUCCACCGAAUGAGCUAAGGUCGUUGACAUUGGAUCUAUGUGCCCAAAUGGUUCCAGGCGAAGUUAACGCUGAAUUCGCAAAUGAGAUUUCGAAGAGUCUGCUGUAUAUUGCGAAUAUUGUGAGAUCUCUACACGAUGAAACAAACGGAACCAAUUUACAUUGGCUACUGCGGAGGAUACGUUAUGUAAUACAUGGAGAGGUGGCCAAAGCUCCCAAGUCAAUUGUUCUGCGAGAAUCGCUAUUCGAUUGGAUAGAGGGAAUGGUCGCACUUCUGGAUGGGGAGACGUUACUCGGCCUAUGCCCGGGUAUGAUUGCCUCAUUGAUUCGUGAAAUAUCUGAAGAUGAUGUGAAUGUGGAUACCAAAAUAAAACAAAAAGCUAUCAAAAUUACGAAUAAAAUUCGUAAAAAGAUAGGCGAUGAAAACUAUGAUAAAAUACGAUUGGCUUCUCAAACUAAGCUGCUAAUGAAGCGCGCAGCACGGAAGAAGGAAUUGGCGCAGGAAAAGAUCCUUGACCCAGUCAGAUCGGCGAAACGAAAAUCGAGUCAACAAGAAAGGAAGAAAGCAGCAAAGCGACGGAAAAUCGAUGAGGCAAGAGGAAAAUCAGGAAUCCUGCGAAAGAAAAAGAAACGAAUGAUAUCUGAGGACAUAUUUUAGGAUGUAUGGUUUGUUUUCAAUUGUAAGUUAGCAAUAAACUGUUGGAAUAUUAACGAAAAAA